ACCCUUCUGCGCCUCUUCAUUGCAGUUCUCAUCACCGAGAAAGUUCCCCAAUUCCCAGCAGCGGCGCGUUCUUCCAUCCGGUCCAAGAGUGCUUCCUAAAUCAACAUCCUCAAUCAGGCUACAUAAUGGCUCUAUUAGAUUUUAUUGAGUUGAGUGAUGAUGAAGAGAUUGUUGUUUCGGAAAAGAAUGAUGAAGAGAUUGUUGACUUGAGCAGUGAUGAUGAGACUGCUGAUGACUACCACAAUGAUUUCACAUGUGGUAGCCCUGGUCAGCACCCAACAACAUUGUAUGAUGGGCAGGCUGUGUUUGUUGCCGAGGGUGAAGGAGAGGCUACCGAGUCAAAUGCAGAGGAAGCUACACCAUCCUCUUCUGUUAUGGAAAAAGGGUCUCUUGAUACAGCUUCAUCACAGAACUGUCCUCACACUUCAACAGCAGUAUCAUUUCCCAGCCCUUCCAUCUCUGAGAAGGCUCUGACUUUCGAAGCUUGUGAUGCAAACCUGCCGAGAAUGAAGGUGAAACGCCAUAGGAAGAUCUUCCAUGCUGAUACACUUUGGAGAAGUCCUAGGCUUGAAGAUAAGAACAAAGGUCAUAGCAAGUCCAUGGAGGAGCUGGCAGUUGAUCUGAAGAGAUCUCGCAUGCUCGAAGAACAGCACACUUCAGCUGCAUCACAGAAUUGCUCUCACACUCCAGCAGCAGAGACAUCCCCAAACUUGGUGAGAGUGAAGGUGAAACGUCGCAGGAGGAAGCCUGUCCAGACCGAUACACAUUGGAGAAGUCCUAGGCUUGAACAUAAGAACAAAGAUUGUAGCAAGUCUGUGGUAGAGCUGGCAGUUGAUCGCAAGAGGUCUCGCAUGCUUGAGGAACAGAACACCCCAGCAAGGACCCAGAAGAAGACCAAGUUGACCCUCUGCACCCGAUGUAGAAUGUACGAAGAGUAUCAGAAGAAGACCAAGUUGACUGAACAUGAUCCUUUUGAAGUUAUCUGAAUGUUGGUGAUCUAUAGUUUGUCUGAAGGUUGACAGAACCAGUGAGCUUUGGGCUUUUGAAGCGUAUUAUGAUAGACUAAUAGCUGGCCGUGCGAGCCUUGGACCACUUGGCCACUUGGGGUACAUUAUAAGUUACUAGUACUAUCUAAUUAUGGCUUACUAUGUCUCAGGUGCCUAGUGAUCUCUGCUUAGCCUCGAUGACGUCUCGAUCAAGUUGAACAAAAUAUGCAACCCAAGGUGUUAUUAAUUUACAUGCACUCAAUUUCAGUAA